AUGUUCCGCCCCUUCAGCGCCCGUCUCGCGCGGACAGUCCGCCCCAUCACCCAGCAUGCCCAUGCCCGCGCCAAAUCCUCCCAAACUUCCUCCCAGGCAGGCAUCGCGGCCACCAGGAUCCAACAGCAACAUCAGUCGAGGUCAAUUAGCGGCAGCGCCAACGUCAGAGAAAAGCCCCAUCCCGGCCAAUACUCGAGAACCGAUCCCGACGUCACGGUCGAGUACCCCGAGGACCACGAGCUCCCCUCUAGCCAGCCCGUCCGCGGCCACGGCGGUGGCAUUGGCAAGCCCACGCUGGCGUCCUUCUCCCUCGAGGGCAAUGUCGGCGUCGUGACUGGCGGUGCUCGCGGUCUGGGCUUGGUCAUGGGCCAGGGCAUGGUCUACUCGGGCAGUGAUCUCGCCAUUGUUGAUCUGAAUAUGCGCCGCGUUGACGCCCAGACAGAGGAGGAGGCGGAGCUCCAGGCCAAGAACCUGAUCGAGGCGUUCAAGAGAGAGAACCCCGAAGCAAAGAGAGCCCCCAAGGUAACUGCUCACCACGCGGACGUCUCGGACCCCGCGUCCGUCGAGGCCUGCAUCGCCGAAGUCCUCGCCGCCCACGGCAAGAUCGACAAUCUUGUUACAUCGGCCGGCUUCACUGAGAAUUUUGACGCCGUUAACUACCCCAUUGACCGCAUGCGCAAGCUCUGGGGCGUCAACGUCGACGGCACCUACCUCUUCGCUAUCGGCGUCGCGAAGCAUCUCAUGGAGCGCAAGUCGCCCGGCAGCAUGGUCUUCAUCGGCAGCAUGUCUGGCUCCAUCGUCAACAUCCCCCAGCCGCAGGCGCCUUACAAUGCCGCCAAGGCAGGCGUCCGCCAUUUGGCCGCCUCCCUGGCCGUCGAAUGGGCCCACGCCGGCAUCCGCGUCAACUGCAUCUCCCCCGGCUACAUGCUCACAGCUUUGACCGAGAAGAUCCUCGACGACAACCCGGACCUUAAGCAGAAGUGGACCUCCCUGAUCCCCCAGGGCAAGAUGGGGCAGCCCAAGGACCUCAUGGGUCCCGUGACCUUCCUCCUGUCCGACGCCUCUCAGUACGUGACGGGCGCGGAUCUCCGCGUCGACGGCGGAUAUACCGUUACAUAA